AUGUUCGGGUCCUUCCCCACCUUGGCCAACCUGCCGCCCCAGGCCAAGAAGGUCGACCCCAAGGACAUCCCGCCACCCACCCCCAUCAACAUCCCGCGAUAUCAGCCUUUCGCCCAGGAUGAUCGGCCGCUGGACCCUUCCUUGGCACUACCCAAUUUGCUCAAGCAGACUGGCCGAUCUACAGCCGUCUUGGGCCCCGUUGGCUUCUCCGCAAUUGGACUCGAUCUGAAGCCUGAUGCCCCGUUGCAGGACAUUGUACCCGAUCCUUCCUUCAUCCCCGACUUUCGUCGAUGGGACCAGCUCACUGCGGACGAAUCCCGUGAGGAGAACCAGGCCAGUCGACGGCCACUGAGGACGGGAAACCAAUCCCCCGGCUGCCAAGUCUAUCUAGAACGCAAGAAGGAGCUCUCCAACAGCAACAAGGAUGCGUUUCGAACUGUCAGACGGAUCUCGCCCCCGAAAGGGAAGCAGCAGGCCCGUUUGGGAAACGCAUACGAAUUCUUCCGCUGUCUCGAGCUGUUCACCGUGUACUGGGACGACCCAACCAGCCCACCAGACCUUCCUCCAUCACCAGAGAUGUCAGCCGCCGAGGCAGCCGCUUCAAGCACCACUCACGAAUCGCCGGCUGAUGUCUCCAAUGAACCUGAAACGCACGCUGUGACUCGCACAUCGUCUGGUCAGUCCAUGCCGCCCGAGUUUCGUCAGACUCUCAUCACGGCAUUCAUCAAGUUGGUCGCCUACGACUUUGGCUGCAACGUAUCCAUGUCUCGGGUUGAACCUCGCCUCCACCUCAACUCGACCCCGGGGCCGCAGACGCGAAAGUCAUACACGCCAUGUCACUGCCAUUUCAUCUUUCAGAGCCCAAUGACUCGCGAGUCUGCACGCGCAGGUAUGGUGUACGGCCCCGUCGCCGCCGUGAGUAUCCGGCCAACAGUCAACUUCACCGCCCCAGACGUCGAGACAGCCCAAUCGCUUGACCUCGCGCGAGAAAUCACUGCAGCACUGAUCGCGGCGCAACAUCGAGCACGUGAGGGCCGCACAGAGGAGCGUUUUGGCCAGGGCCAGUGGUGGACUUCGAAGCCGCGAUGGGGUGGAGGCUCUGGGGGGCCCAUUGGCCGUGAAGUCGACAAAGAUGUGGUUCAGGGAGACAAGGACGCCCGCCCGGAUGACGCCGACGGCACCGCCGCGCCGGCUACCAAAAAGCCGCGCAAGAACAUGUCUAUUUACGACAACUACCGCAUGGUGCGGCCGCCGUCAUCCGCAUGGGACCGCAAGGCCAAGUACGAAGCCAUUGGCAAAGCUCGCGGAACUGGCUUUGACGACAUCUUCGUCAUCAGCUCUCUCUUCCACCAUAUUUCCAUCCUCCGUGUCCGGGUGCCGAUUAGGCUGCUCGAAGUCAUGGAUGGAUCGCCCGAGUUGGACGCGUCAAAACGCAGCUGGGGAAAGGUCCAGGCGUGGAGGAGCGCUUGGUACGAUUUGUUUGACACGGACCAGAGGGUGGCGGCAAUGCAGCUGCUCUGGGCGGUCAUGACAUACCAGAUGAGAAAGGAAACCACAGAGCAGGAUGUAGACAUGGCCGGUGCCUGA